UUGGUGUCUUUACAAUGAGAAAGCCAUUUGUGUUCAAGUUUGGAGAAGAUCUCUAGUGUGACUUUAGUGAGAUCCAUUAUUGAAUGACACUUAGUGAAUGUGAAUUUGUUUAUUAAUUGAGUUUCUAAUUUCCGAAUUUGUUUAUUACAAGAAUAAUUAUGUAAUUUUUUGGCAGGAUUGUGAAAUAUAAAAGUAAAGCAAGGCUGGCUGGCCGUAAGAAUUAAGACAUACCAAUGAUAUGUGUAAUGUUUUAUAAUGAUGCAGAGGCUGUUUUUUCUCAAACUAAACCUAUUGCUACUUCAGUAUUGGAUGGUUUUAAUGUCUGCAUAUUUCCCUACGGGCAAACUGGAACCAGUAAAACAUUUACAAUGGAGGGAACACCGGAAGAGAGAGGAGUUAACUAUAGAACACUGGAAGAAUUAUUUAGGAUAUCUGAAGAGAGAAAGGGCGUAAUGAAGUAUGAGUUGCAUGUUAGCAUGUUGGAGGUUUAUAAUGAGAAGAUAAGAGAUCUUCUAGUGGAAAAUUCUGCCCAACCUACUAAGAAAUUGGAGAUAAAGCAAGCUGCAAAAGGAACACAAGAAGUCCCAGAACUUGUUGAAGCUUGUGUUCAUGGAACAGAAGAUGUGUGGGAAUUGCUCAAGACUGGAAACAGAGUCAGAUCUGUUGGAUCCACAUCUGCUAAUGAGCUUAGCAGCCGUUCUCAUUGGUAUGUCUUAAUUCUUACGGCCAGCCAUCCCUGCUUUACUUUUAUAUUGGCAAGGAACCUUUGUAUCUAUAAAUUAUAUCUUGUAGCGUGUGUUUGUUACAUGCCGUGUUCUAUAUAA